AUGGAUAUUGUUUCUACUUCUACUUCUCAGCCAAUUUGUAGAAUUUGCAAUAAAAAGGCGAAUGGAAAUCAUUUCGGAGUCAUCAGCUGUCGGGCAUGCGCCAUAUUUUUCCGACGAACAACUGGGUCGAAAUGGAGCAAAAUGAAAUGUCUUGGUGGAUCUUGUGACCAAAAAAAAAACUAUUGCAAACCAUGUCGGUUACGAAAAUGUCAAGAUGUAGGGAUGGAAACUACUAAAUUCCAAUACAACCGAGAUCACAUCACUUCCACUGCACAGUUUCAACUGCCUCCCACAUCUAUCGAACGUUAUGUGGGGCGUCCGGGAUUCUUCCUUUUCUGUGAUACAGAUGCAUCGAGUACGAAAGUGAGAGUAGACGUACGAUUUCUUUUGGAAGAAGCUUUACGGAUACUGAAUAGUGGAAGUGAAUCUCCGGUUUAUGCUAAAAAUCAGCUGAAGAAGUUUAGCCUAGGGUUCAAAUUUAUUCAACUGAAAAUAGAUAAGCUAAAGAAAAUGAAACUGGCGGAUCAGCAAGAGACAUUUGAUAAAUGGGAACAUUAUUUCAUUACCGUGACCAAAUGGAUGAUGUAUUUCGAUGAGUUUCAGAAAUUGAGUAGACACCUUCAGAUGACUCUCCUCCAGUCCAUAUGGCAUAUUUGGCAGAGACUUCACAUUUAUGUCAGCACCUACACAUAUCGGAAAGUGUUCCCUUUUUAUGGAAAUUCUCGUUUAGUUAUCAGGGAUAUGUACAUGGAUACUGAUUCGGCGUGUAUCGAUUCGAAAUGGAUGAGUGAUUAUCCAGUUGAACAUGUUAUGAAAUAUCUCUCCGUUCAAAGUUUUCAAACUUUCGAUUUUAUUGGAGUACUUGAUGAAAUCAAUCCAACAGAAGUAGAAUUAACUUUUUUAUUUGCUCAGCUAUGUUUUGAAUAUGCUGGGAAAAGAUAUCAAGGUGACAUUCUAAAAGUCACGGAUUCGUUUCAAAAGAUUCUGGCAAACGAUUUGCAUCAUUACUAUGUGGAUGACAUGAACCGCCCAAGAUAUUCUUUGAGGCUGACAAAACUUUUGAAGAUUAAUAAUGCUAUUCAGAGAGCAAUCUGGGAAAGUCGGCCAAAAAUGGAGCUCGGAAGAGUGUUCAACGUGAUAAAAAUUGAAUUCUCUCACCCGGAGAUGUUUGAGGAUUCUGGAUAUUAUUGA